AUGCCAAUACAUCAUAAUCUGGUGCCAUCAUCUAACAUCACUGAAAGAGUACAGCGCCGCAUAAAUGAAGUAAACACGAUAACAAAUAUUAACGAAGCCAGGUGUAUCAUUCAAUUGUGGUCCAAAGAUGAUGUCCCUUUUUCUUUAGAUUUCAAAGAGUCUAUGCUAAACUUCAUUAGAAGUGUAUCCGAAAAAAU